AACAACGACCAAAGGAGCUUUAAAUCGGCACAAAAAGGUCUGGUAAGCCAAACGAAAUUGGAAUACGCAUCAUGGACUCCUCUCCAAUCCUUCGACAGCAAAGUCAAAGUAAAAUCCUUAGUGAUUUUCACAGAAUGACGAAUGAAGACAACAUAGAAAAAGCAGAGCCAAAGCUUUCCAAAGUUAUGUCUUCACUCCACCUUUCCAGCAAACAUGGUGAGAACAAAAAUCCUGCAGAAUCUAUACGAAAGCCACUUUUACAGCAAGUUGGGAGCCGGCUCCCCGUUCUGGCAAAGUCCCUUAAACUCCAGGUCCCCUCUGAGUUCAAGCAGUCCUACAACAAGUGGGAAGAGAAGCCGUUAGCUGGUAAAACAAAAAAGCCAUGUACCCGGCCUGUACCAUUUAACCUCUCACAGCCUAAAAACACAAGAAAGGCACUUGGUAACUGUGAACCUUUGAUGGCCUUUCAGUCAAGGGCUCGUACUAAAGAGCGUGAACACAGUGUAUACAAAAAGCCCAAUAAUCAUCCAGGUCUCGUUAAGAAUGGCUCAGACUCGGCCAGAGGUUCUGGGAAACCCCAUGCAAAGGCGACAAGUAAUCCAGCUCACCUUUCAGGGAAGCUCAGACCCACAUCCCAGACUUCAGCCCCUUCGAAUAAUCCCCUGUUCACUUCACGUAAAAUGGGAAACAAGAAUGCAAGCAUCUCCUCUGCCCGAGCUGGUCUUCAUCCAGAGAUUGGCUCAAAUCCACUUGGUGGCAAAGAGACUGCAUCACUGACAAAACAGGACACUAAUUCCAAACCUUUAAAUGAAGAAAGUGAGAACUUCCAGCAAGAUCAUGCGGCUUUGCUGAGCAUCCUCCGGAACGAGGGCAUAGGCCACGUUAGUCAACCAGUCGUAACUUCGCAAAACUCCAAAAAAUGCAAUGAUCGACCUCAGCGAGUGUCCGUUAUGAAGAGUCAUCGAAAAGUCGGGGCCACAGCAGAAAAGAGUGAGAAAGUCCAACCACAUCAGGCAGCUCUGAACGCCCUUCAGAACGAGGCCGUUGGCCGUGUCGAUCAACCAGUCACUACUCCGAAAAACGAUCUGCCUCAGCGAGUGUCUAUCAUGAAGAGUCAGCGAAAAGCCGGGGCCACAGCAGGUCCAGCAAGGGUAGUUCAGUUCUCACCAGACCCUCAUGCUCUGCGGAGCGUCCUGCAGAACGAAGGCGUUGAGGUCACUGCACCUCUGGGUGCCACACCUAGACUUUCAGUGUGUCCACCUGGCAGAGUGCCCUCCAUCUACUCUGCUCAGAGAGUGCCUCUUAAGAAGGGUUGCCCGAACUCAACCAGUCAUGCAGUGGGUCCAGGAAGGGUAGUUCAGUUCUCACCAGACCCUGCUGCUCUGCGAAGCAUCCUGCAGAAUGAAGGCGUGAAGGUCUCAGCUCCUGUAGGUGCCACACCCAGAAUUUCAGCGCGUCCACCUGGCAGAGGGACCUCCAUCUACUCUGCUCAGAGAGUGCCUGUUAAAAAGGGUUACCCAGAGUCAUCCAGUCGUUCAGUGGCGGCGCAAAGAGGGGUGGCACAGAAGAAAUGCUCUCAACAGAUGGUUCACAACAUCAAGCAUCAGCCCAUGUCUGCAACGGUUGUCCAGAGGUUAUUUGUUGAUGCAGAGGAUGAACAGAGCACAGCUGGGACGGAUGAAAAUCCCUCAAUAGAAAUCGAGCGGAUCCCAGCUCCAUCCUCGCCUUCUGAGCCUCUCUGUGAGGGAAAGGCCGAGAGGUGUAACCAAGAUGACUGCGAGGAAGAGGAGGAGGAGGAGGAGGAGCUCAAGACCUUCCUCCAGGCACCACAUAGGAAAUCUGUCAUCAUUUUCUCAACUGGUAAAAAGUUGAUCAGAGCCUCACAGUUUGAGAACCAGGAAGGUUCAGACCAACCUGCCCCAGCUCCAUCAUCACUGGCAAAGUUAACGACUGCAACCGGUGACCUGUCAGAGCUGCCUCAUCAGAUCCACUCUGCUGUUCGGUGUCUGCACAAAGGCGUAUUCAAUAAGCCUUGUUCUUUGAGUCCGGCGGUGGCCAUGUUACGGAAACGUCUCCCUCAUAUAGCGGAGCUGCGUCUGGAUCAGGAGGUUGAAACCUACACCUCCGCAUCUGUCCCUGCUGUCUCUCCUCUGCCUCGCUGUGGGAACCCGCUGGCCUCCGUGUUCCAACUUAAGGACUCCAUGAGAUUUAUCCCAAUCGACUUGGAUCUCUCUUCUGGUCCAUUGUUGUUCAGUUCCUCGCAGCAUGAGAGAUAAUUUGCACGCAAAGAACACUGGAAGAAAGUAAAACCUCACCUCUAGAGUAAUUAAAGUCUGAAGAUGUUUUUUAUAGUUAUGUUGAAUUUGCAUAAUAAAAAUAAGGGUGUAUAUUUUACAUUUGGG